GCGGAGCGGCGCAGCUCCAGGCCCGGCUCCGCUGUCAACACCCUCAAACAUGGCGGCGCGGCGGCCCCGCACCGCCUCAGAGCACGAAAGUGAUGAUGAUUCUUAUGAAGUAUUGGAUUUAACAGAAUACGCCAGGCGUCACCAUUGGUGGAAUCGUGUAUUUGGCCGGAAUUCGGGACCAAUUGUAGAAAAAUACUCUGUAGCUACGCAGAUUGUAAUGGGCGGAGUAACUGGCUGGUGUGCGGGAUUUUUGUUCCAGAAAGUCGGAAAGCUUGCAGCAACUGCAGUAGGUGGUGGCUUUCUUCUGCUUCAAAUUGCUAGUCAUAGUGGAUAUGUACAAGUUGACUGGAAGAGAGUUGAAAAAGAUGUAAACAAAGCAAAAAAACAGCUUAAAAAGCGUGCAAAUAAGGCAGCCCCUGAAAUCAAUACUCUAAUUGAAGAGUCAACAGAAUUCAUCAAACAGAACAUCGUGGUGUCCAGUGGAUUUGUUGGAGGCUUUUUGUUAGGCCUUGCAUCUUAAGGACCUGGAUUGUCUCUUCCUGAUGGCUUUGACAUCAGCAAAGAACAGUUGCAGUGACGCACUGUCUUAAAGCAGUGUGGGUCGCUGGGCCCUGCAGAGCAAGACGAAUGGACUAGCUAGACAGUUUGAAAGCUUUUACAUUUUAGGCUUUUGCCUUUUGAAGCUUGGCAAAACUAGGAUUUGCUGAAAAACUGUGCAGUGUGCUCAUUAUAGCAUUUCUGGGCAAAACUGUGUCAUCUUCAUCGUUACUCCUUUUAUUUAUGACUAUUCAAGAUCUAGCAUUUUUAAAAUGUCAUUCUUGGAAUAUAGAUAAGUAACCAUAUUAUAAGAAGGAAAGCUCCAUUUCUAUGUUUUUUCAAUUAAAUUUUUAUUUUAAAAGUAUUUUCUUCAUGCUGUAGUAUAUAGUAGCAAUGACUGUAUAAUGUAUAUGAUACUGUAAUUUCAGCCUCAUGGUUGGCCAUGUUCCUUAGAAGUCACUGCAGUAAUCUAUAAAUCUGUAAUACCUUUUUACAGAGUAUUAAAUAACGAAGAAUCAUGAGCUCAUUAAAGGUGAAAAUCAA